AUGAGGAGAAGUCUUGAAAAAGAAGAGGCAAAACGUAAACUUUUGGAGAAAAAACAACAGUUUCGAAAGGAAUUGUAUGAGCAAGUAGUACAAAAAGAAGCAAUAUUAGAACAACAAAAAGCAUUAAAAGCGAUYGAAUGCAUCAACGUUAAAAAAUUGAAUGAAAAGUUGAAUGAAGAAGAACAAUUUGAAAAAAUGGAACGUAAAAAAAAACAAUUACAGACAAAAAAAGAAAUAGCACUAUUUACCAAAGAAAGAGCGAAUUUGUUUUCAAAAAUAAAYGAGGCGACAGCAAUGUUCGAUGAAACAUUUAAGAUCACAAUGAAACAAAAUUUAAAGGAUGAUUCAGCAGAUCAAAUUGAAGCAAAGGUUCAAUUGAAACGUGAAAACGAAAUGUUUAAAGAACAUCAAGCAAUUAUUAAAGAAGAACGCAAAAG